CUCAGCUGCAGACAGGAAUAAGCGAUAUUCCAAAAACGGAGACCAGGAUGUUGAGUACAGCUCAGCUUAUGGUUCAGCCUCGGAUAUUAACUCACCAGAUUAUGAUCCGAUGAUAGACAUUAUGGAAUUGUUUGAUAGUCCAACCGCUCUAGUUGAUGUCAACCAACUUUUGAAAUAUACAAGUUCGUAUGAAAGCCAGCUCCAAGCUGAAAUACAAAAGAAAAGAACUGAAUACAAGCAGAUAUUGAUUGAAUCUGGACCAGACCAGGGCAUUGAUGUUCUCGAUGGGGAAGUGAUGAAGCUAUUGGACAGCUUUCAAAACAUGAAAAGUUUAGCCGAGGUGACUGGUAAUACGAUCAACUCAAUGACUGCAAAUAUAAAAACUUUAGACCAAUCGAAAAAGAAUUUGACGUUCACCAUGACUACAUUAAAACGUUUACAAAUGCUAAUCACCGCUUAUGAUAGAUUGGAAAAACAGCUGGAGAAACAAAAACAGGUGAAGGACUAUUCUGAAAUUAAGCAACUGUUGGGUGCUGUUCUUGAAUUGAAUGAAUACUUCCAGGAUUUCAAGAGUAUUGACGAGGUUAAUCGCUUGAACAAAUUGAUUUCAGCAAUGAAAAAUCAAAUUAUCAACGAUAUUUUCAAAGACUUUGAGUCUGAGUUCAAUGAAGAACUAAAUAAUGACAAACUAAUUGACGCUUGCCAUAUUCUUGAGAUAUUGGGUGAUGCAUAUAAGGAGCAACUACAAACAUGGUAUAUAAACACAGCUUUGAAAGAUAUCACACAGAUUUUCAGAAGUUCAGAGGAGGCAGGUUCCUUAGACAACUUGAGUAGAAGGUUUAUUUACUUCCAGAACACACUAACCAAUUUUGAAAGUAAGCAUCUGAGUAUGUUCCCCAAGUCGUGGCACAUGAGCCUAAAAUUAACAGAAAAGUUCUGUUCAUAUACCAAGAACGAUUUAAAGGAAGUCUUAAGCAAAGAAUCCAGAGUGAAGAACAGCGUAGAUGUGAAUAUACUACUCAAUUCACUCUCACAGACAUUGGACUUUGAGUCUUUUCUUAAUAAGAAGUUCAAAUAUUAUAAAGAUUUUGAUGAACAGCUCAAAAAUGCAGAACCGCCUUCGUUCACAAAAUCAAUAUCUGAUGUAUUUGAGCCAUAUUUGAAUAUUUGGAUUGAUCAUCAAUCGUCAACCAUAGAAAAAAAACUGAUUGAAUUCACAAACCCUUCACACAUGUUUCAAAAGACCGGUGAAGGUAUUGCCGACGAUGAUGCAAAGAGAUCCGAUGAAUCGUUGAACGUUUUAGAAAGUGCUGCAGAACUUUUUCGAAUCUACAGACAGAUUUUAUCACAGCUCUCUAAACUCACAACUGGUAAAGCAUUGAUUCGUUUGUCUAAAAUAUUCAGCAAGUAUUUAAUACAGUAUCAGCAUAAAAUUUUAGACACAAUACUACCAGACAGCAAAUCUUUGGUAUCAGUUGAUUUGAAAAGCCAGCAAGAAGGGAUUGAUAUUAUCAGCCUUGUUUUGAACACUGCAGAUUACUGCUCUCAGACGGUAUUGCAAUUAGAAGAAAAAAUCAAAACAUUGAUUGAACCAAAAGAACUCAGCGCACAAGUUGAGUUUGAAGGUCCCAACAACGGUUUUUUACAACUGAUAAUCUACUGUAUCAACCUUUUGUUUUACAAAAUAGAAAAUGACAUUCAAAUAUCAUGGAGAGAACUUUCAAACUUCAAUUGGAAAGUAUUGAAUGAAGUUACGGGUGAAUCGAGGUACUUGGGCAGUUUAAAGUCGAUAAUACGAGAAGAUUGUCAAUUAAUUUUCAAAAAGAUUAGUAAAAUCAUAUACAUCAGAAAUUUAAUCGACAAACUCCUUGAGAUGCUACUAAAAAAUAUAAUUCUCAAUAUUAUCAAGCUCGAGCCAAUAAGUGUCAUAAUGGCAGAACAAUUUAAAUUGGAUUUGCAGGAAUUGAAAAGUUUUAUAAACAUACUUCCGACUUUGACUGAAGGAGGAGAUAGAAUUUUAUCAUCCACUAGUUUCAAGUCCAAUAUCAACACUAAAUUCAAAAAUAUUGACAACCUAAUGAAAGUCCUUAUGGUCCCCAGUAAACCAAUGGAUGCGUUUAUUAACAGCUACUUCUCAAUUAUUGGUGAUUCUAGCUUUUCUAAUUUUAUGAAAGUUCUUCAGCUAAAGGGUGUGUUGAAAACGGAAGCUACUGAAAAGGACAAAUUUAGAUAUAUGGAUAUGUUCAAACUUCAAUUAGGCUCCUUU